AUGCGUAAAGACUUCUGUAUGUGUUCAAAAUCUGAAUUUCAUUUAUGUUCUGUUCCACCGACGCAAGUGGAAAUUAAAAGAGGAUUUUGGGAAGAUGUUGAUCAUGUUACAAGAAUAUCUUCUUCAGAUACGAUAGAAUUUUUACGUGCUGCAAACUCUGGAGUUUAUACUGACGUAGAUCUGUCCCCAUGGGAUAUGGAAUCGGAGGCUUUUCCAAAUCGCAUUGUGAUUGGACUGGUCGACGCAGAUGCCUUUAACGGCACCUAUACGAAAAACCCGUUCAACUUGAAAAAUUACGAUAUUACAACCAUGGGUCUCGCUGUCAACGGAGAGAGAACUUACCUGGAAAACCAUUACA